AUGCCUUCCAACCAGCACGGGAGCAACUCUCCUGCCGCGGACGGCCAGGAGCCACCCGCGCAGACCGAGCACCUGAAUAUCAAGGUCACUGAUAAUAACAACGAGCUCAUUUUCAAGAUCAAGAAAUCGACUAAGCUGGAGAAACUCAUGGACUCCUUCUGCGAGCGCCAUGGCAAGACCCUUGACUCCGUCCGCUUUCUCUUCGAGGGCAAGCGGGUCCAGGGCUCUGAAACCCCCGAUUCACUCGAGAUGGAAGAUGGCGACACCAUUGAAGUUUAUCAGGAGCAGCUGGGUGGCAAUGGGCUUUGCACCAGAAGAGCAAAAUCUGAGAAUGCCGCGGGCGAUGACACGGUCAGCUCGACUCCCAUCGCAACUCCAACAGACGGCAAUCCGCCAGCCAGGAAGCAGAAGUUCACACACGAGAGCGACGUCACCGAGAAAAAGGAUGAGGUGUCCAAUGAGGGCGAGGCAGUCGGACGCAAUGGCGGCAUCAGGGAUGGUCUGGCCGGGGAGGCAGAGGUGGAGGGGCAGCAUGGUGAGGAGGGCAAGGAGGAAUCGGCAGGUAAACCCAUGGUUGUCACCUCGGGCACAUCCUAG